AUGGGCUUUAAGGGCGUUGGUACCUACGAGAUCGUGCCAUACCAGGCUCCAUCCCUCAACCUUAAUGCCUGGGAGGGCAAACUCGAGCCAGGAGCAGUGGUUAGGACAUAUACUCGUGGUGAUAAACCAAGCGAUAAUGCUAAGUGGCAGGUAGCACUCGUUGCUGGGUCUGGGGACAGCGCCGAGUACCUGAUCAUCAAUGUUCACAGUGGCUAUUUCCUCACGGCUACCAAGGAAAACCACAUUGUCUCCACCCCGCAAAUCUCCCCAACUGAUCCCUCUGCCCGCUGGACCAUCAAGCCGGCCACUACACACCAAUACGAGGUCUUCACUAUCAACAACAAGGUGUCCGAGCUCGGUCAGCUUACCGUGAAGGACUAUUCUACCCACAGUGGAGCUGAUGUCCUCUCCGCCAGUGCGAAAACUGCCGAUAACCAGAAGUGGUACUUUGACGCCAAGUAG